AUGUCAGGAGCAGCUCAGCCAGUCGCGGACGCGACACCCGGCGCGGUGCCCGCAGCUCCCACAACCUUCACCACGGACCCCUCGAUAGCAGCCUUCAAACAGACCUUGCGGGCCUACCUAGAUGCGCACCCAGAACCUGAAGGGAUCACUCUUGACGGGAUCGCCGUCAGCGCAUUUGUCUUCAACCCCGAGGGAAAGCUCCUGUUGGUCCAGCGCGCAGUGCACGACUCAAUGCCCGAGAAAUGGGAGGUGCCCGGCGGCGCCUCCGAUUUCGAGGACGGGUCGCUGCUGCACGCCGUCGUGCGUGAACUGUGGGAGGAGAGCGGGCUACGCGCAACCGCGGUCGGCAAGGCCAUCGCGGUCGACGAUCGCUUCACGACAAAGCGCCGCAACCUGCAAAUGCGCAAGUUCUCGUUCAUGGUGAGCGUUGAGGGCUACCAUGUGAAGCUCGAUGACAAUGAGCACCAGAAGUUUUCGUGGGUCAGCGAGGACGAGGCCCGCGUCAGGAGGUGCGGCGAUAUCGACUUGGACUACACGGACCUUGCGCAGGAGCAAGCGAUUCACUUGGCGUUCGAGAUGCGGAAGGCGGAAGCACAGAUGGAAGCUUGA